GAACUUUUUCAAAAUUUUAAAAAACCCUUAAUGCCCUCCCUUCACAUUGCGCUCCCUCUUCUUUCUUUUUUUAUUCUUAAGCUUUAUAUAUAUUCAUUCUUCUUUCAAAACCCCAGUUGGGUUUUUGCUUUUGUCGAUCUGUCGUGUCUCUCUUGUUAAUAGAUUUUAAUCUGUAACUAGAAUGGACUCACUCCCAGAUGCCAUUGUUCAUGACAUUUUAUCACAUAUGAAUAGUGCUCGAGAUGUAGCAAUAUGCAAUUGUGUAUCCAAGAGAUGGAAGGACUCAUUUCCUUAUCUUAGAAGUCUAUAUUUUCCUCGAAACUCUUUUGACGACCACAGCAGUAGUGACAGACCUGAUACUAUUGUGUUGAAGAUGAUAUCAUCUAUUGUUUGUUUGGAGGAGCUUAUUGUGUAUUGCCCGUUUUCUAGUGCUGGCCUUGCCUCGUGGCUGUCACUUGUGGGUUCAACACUAAAGCAUCUUGAACUUCGAAUGGAUAAUCUUUCUGAAUAUCAGGUCUGUCUUGAGAGGCCCUCAAAAUUGGAUUGCAUUAGUAGUGCAAAGAAUUUGGAGUCCCUAAAGCUUUGGGGUGUUCUAAUGAUUAAUUCACCCAGUUGGGAUGUUUUCCGCAAACUUAAGAACCUUGAAAUUGUUGGUGCGAGAUUGAAGGAUCCAGCACUGUCCACUGCCCUUAGGGCUUGUCCUAAUUUGACCAACUUGUUGCUGCUUGGCUGUGAAGGGGUUAUGUCUGUUUCAAUUGAGUUGCCACUUUUGGAAAGGUGUAAACUGGAUUUUUAUGGCUCUGGCAACAGCUCACUUUCUCUCUCUUGUCCAAAAAUUGAAUUCCUUGAGGUACAAGGCUGCAGUUGGAUAAGGGUUCGAGAAACAAAAUGCUUGAGGAAUCUUUCAAUUUCCAAUAAUGCAGGGAGAGUUUACAUGGUAGAUUUUGGGAAACUGGUGGCUCUUGAGUCCUUGACCAUGAGAGGGGUCCAGUGGUGUUGGGAUGCAAUAAGCAAAAUGCUUCAGUGGGCUAGUGAGGUGAAGCAUCUCUACAUGAAGGUUGAAUUCACUGGGGACUUUGAUACCCUUCAGCCCUUUCCAGAGGUUGACUUUGUUGAUUUCUUUAAUAGUCAUCCGAAGCUGCAGAAGUUUGAUAUCCAUGGGGCUAUGUUUGCCGCUUUUUGCCAGAGAAACAGCCUGAAAAGUGUUGAAUCAGGGUUUGUGAUUCCAUGUUUGGAGGAAGUAGUAGUCACAGUAAGAUCACCACUAAAUGCUGAACAGAAAAUGAGCACUCUUGAGUCCCUGUUGAAGUAUGGUAAAAAUUUGAAGGCAAUGAUAAUAAGAAUUCUUCAAAUGAAGAGCAGCCACCGCAGUUCAGAUGAUUUCUUUGAUGAGAUUUGCAGGUUUAGAUGCAUUAACCGCAAGAUAGUUCGAAUUGAAUAAAGCUCACAUGUCCUUUAAUUUUAUCUCACAUUAUUCCUUUUUAGUUCUCUGAUCAACAGUUUUGACUGCUAGUAAUUAAAACUAAUUUAGUUUUAUAACAAUGGGUUUACAACCCACUGAGAAUGUUGUAUUAUUUAACAUUGUGAAAUAACAUCUGGAGUUCUAAUA